CUCGCGACUUAAAGUUGCUCCGCAUCGAAGGUGGCGUAAAAAUUCAGUUUUUCCGCGACGGACACGAGACGCGACGUGCGGCCGGUCACUCCUACCCCAGCGCGUGGAUGAACUAGCCCCGUGGCGCACCAUCGGGAGUACACCGGGAGUACACCGGGCACCGUGAUGACCUCCAGCCGAGACAUGAAGACGGGCUCCGUGCUGAUGGCCGGCGGGGAGGAGCGGCGGCGGGCCCCGCUGGACCAGCUGCCCCCGCCGGCCUGCUCCUCCAAGCCGCUGACCCCCUUCAGCAUCGAGGACAUCUUGAGCCGACCCUCCGUGAGGAAGGCGGCGGCGGCGGUGGCCGCUGGGGCGGCGGUCAGCGUGUGCCCGCCGCGCGCCCUGGACAAGGUGAGCGGCUCAAGCGCGGGCCGGCCCUGCCUCACGACGCCCUCGUCCCCGCUGUGCGCGCUGGAGGAGCUCGCGAGCAAGACGUUCAAAGGCCUGGAGGUCAGCGUGAUCCAGGCGGCCGAAGGUCGCGAGCACGUGAACGCGUUCGGCCAGAGGCAGACGUCGAAGAAGCGGCGGAAGUCGCGCACGGCCUUCACCAACCACCAGAUCUACGAGCUGGAGAAGCGCUUCCUGUACCAGAAGUACCUGAGCCCGGCGGACCGGGACCAGAUCGCGCAGCAGCUCGGCCUGAGUAACGCGCAGGUCAUCACGUGGUUCCAGAACCGGCGCGCCAAGCUGAAGCGCGACCUGGAGGAGAUGAAGGCAGAUGUGGAGUCGCUGAAGAAGAUCCCGCCGCAGGCGCUGCAGAAACUCGUGACCAUGGAGGCCAUGGAGGAGGACGACCCCCAGGAUCCCCGGGGUGGUGGCUCCGGGGGGGUCUCCCCCAGCGAGUCCCACCGGGGGGGCUUCCCGGGGUCCCCCGGCUCCUCGCGAGACCACACCACGGACGAGUUCUCGGAGGAGGACGAGGAGAUCGAGGUGGAUGAUUGACAGUUUGAGGCCCGCGAGUUUUACAACAACCACAAACAAAGAAACAAAUUUAAAAAGGGGGCAUUUUUCUUCCCGAACAGUUUUGCACGGAUAUUGAUGAAGGAGAAUAUAUAUCUAGGAUUAUGGAUUUUAUUAUUUGGGUUCCGUUUCUUUGUUCUUAAUUUAUCGGCGGACCUGCUGAGGUGCUGUCGGACGUUCACCGAAUUGUUGGAGGAAUAUUCCCGGUGCCACCGGGACUCAACGGGCUUAAAUAUGACGGUACAAGGAGACAUAAGGGUGUAUCCUGAGGUUUGAUACCUGGUGUGGUUCUGAAGGGGGGAGGGGGGGGGGAGCUGGUCUCUGGGUCUGGGGUCUCUCUGAGCCUGGUCCCAGAACAUAGACCUGGUCCAGGUCCUGGUGCGGUCCUCAGCGUCCAGACCCCCCGCAGGUCGUGUAUGUACCGUGUUGUCCACGGCAACACGUUGCAUUCAUCUGCAUGCACGCAGCGAUACCCAUCUUGCAGAGGAAGAAUUAUUAAUAUUAUUAUUAAUCAUAUCCGAAUGCAAAACGAGCAGAUCGCAAUUUUUCUUUCCACGCCGGGUUUCUGUACAUAAAUUAAACAUCCUAUGCGAUAAUUUUAUUGUAACAUUCUAUUUAAUCAGCAUCUAUGUAAAUAAAGGGUAUAUAAUAUUUCA